CAGGAGAAGUGUAGUAUUAUCACAAGGAGACUUAUACUUGGAAUACGGAAGUGGAAUGGAGGGAAAUGAGGAUGCAGAGGAGGUCUAAGAGCGAGAGGGAUAAGCGAGUGAGCUUGAGUCUGUUAAAAAAGGGAGAUGGUUUGUUAAAAAAUAAUGUUAGAAAGUGUAAGCAGGGUGAGAAAUGUAAAUGAAUGAAGGUGUGGUGAAGUUCUCGGAGCCCGAGGCUUGCACCGAAGGUCGGGAUAAAGAUGAUAGUGACAGUAGGAGUGACAUUUUUGGUAAAAGUCGACUCUUGCCUCUUGGCUGAUCCAUUUGUGGCUUCAGGGUGGGUGAACACCGACAUUGGUGCUGUGGAAUCGGUGAGGGUAACCAGAAGUGGUCUUGUGAUAAUUGUUUGUGUUUCUGCUGGUCAGAGGGACCAGGCGCUCCAUGUUAAACGAAUAGGGGCAAGAGAUGUGAAUUGUUUUGCUCUCAAGAAAAGGGCGUCAUUGAAAGGAGUGAUUACUGACCAACUGAAGGGGAAGAUUCCCGGUGUUUGUGAUGCUCUUCGUUUGGUGCGACGAAGGCAGGGUGGCGUGGGCAGUGAAUCAUAAGUCAUUAUUUGCCCAACAAAGUGAUGUUAGGAUAUAAGUUAUCUUGUAAGACCUCUUGUGCCGAAUACAUUGUUGUUACAGGUGUCAAGCUUAUGGGCAUCUGGCAGCAGUGUGUAGGAGGCAGGUUCCUAGGUGUGAGAAGUGUGCAGAAGGGCAUAAAACAAAGGAAUGUGUAGCAUUGGGGGAAGUAGUGGUUUGUGUUAAUUGUAGGGGUGCCCAUGGGGCUGAGGAUCAGACAUGUCCAGUGCUAGAGAGGCAGGUUGAGGUUUCCAAAGUUAGUGUAAUGCAGAAGUUGUCAUAUGCUGAGGCAGUGAAGAAGGUAGAUGAUGGGUCAAGGGAUCCUGAGAGGAGUGGGUGUGAGUAGUCUGUCUGUACCAAUACAGAGGGAUGAACCAACAAGUGAUCUUUGCUUCAGUAAGAUUGGAUUUUUGUCUUUUAUAGCAAUGGUUAUCAACUGUACUGCAAGGAUGGAACGUAGCCGCAGAUAAGAGGUUGUGGUGGCAGCUGCAGAGAGGUAUUUGUGUGUGCGAGUCUUGAUGUCAGAGUUACAGGGUGUGUUGAGUGGUGGUGUCCCAUCCUUUUAGGCUGUUGGCCUGAAGUAGGACUAAAUAGAGGAUUAUUUAUUUGAGUUUAGUGUUAGAUGGUAGGGUAUUUGUUUUAUUUAUUUUUUCUUCAGUGAAGUACAAGAGAGUUAUACUACAGUCUAGUAGGUGGCGGUAAUGCAACAUGUAUUGGAUGCCAACUGCCGUCAAACCUCAGAAGAAUAUAUUCAGACAUGAGGCAUGUCAGGAUGUGUAGUACGUCGUUUGUUUCACAUUUAUUAAACCCCUGUAAAACAUGAACCUUGAACGCUGUAGACAGUAACCCUAAACCGUCAAAAUAGAUUUCAAAAGUGUAUUUUGAUGGUGAUUGAUUUGUAUUUGUGAAGGUGCUAGAGUGAAGUAUUAUAGGUGAUACUAUAUUCUAACAUGUUUAUUUUAUCUUCCUAUAACACAGGUUGAACAAUAAAGAGCUACAUAAUUCUACCAACCAGGCUUAGGCCUGGUCACACUAUGUUCCUCCUGUCUAGUCUUCUUCUUGACCCCCCCUCCCAGGAACCGUAAAUAGUUACAGUAACAUGUCUUCAGGCCCACCUCAGUCACCCACAGUGGCUAAGACAGAGGUGACUGUUAAAGGAGAAUGCCCUAUCUUCGCUGCCACCUUUGCCUACUGGGACAACAUCCUGGGCCCGCGGGUGUGUCACAUCUGGGCUCCCAGGUGCGAGCAACCACUGUUGCUGAGCGAUGGCGAAGUCACCUUCCUGGCCAAUCACACGCUGAACGGGGAGAUUCUGCGCAGCACAGAGUGCGGCGCCGUGGACGUCAAAUUCUUCGUCCUAGCUGAAAAGGGUGUCAUCAUCAUCUCGCUCAUCUUCGACGGCGAGCUGAAGGGUGACAAGAACACCUGUGCCCUGUCCAUCAUCCUGCCGCAAACAGAGCUGGCCUUCUACCUGCCCUUGCACACUGUCUGUGUGGAUCGGCUCAAACACAUAAUCCGCAAGGGACGCAUCUGGAUGCAGAAGGGCUACAACAUAAUUUCUGUGCUGUCAUCAGAGAUUGUCCCCAUCAUGGAGCUGCUGUCAUCCAUGAAGACACACAGUGUCCCAGAGGACAUAGACAUCAAGGACACCAUCCUAAAUGACGAUGACAUCGGAGACAGCUAUCAUGAAGAUUUCCUGCACAAGGCAGUCAGUUCUCAUCUCCAAACUUGUGGCUGCUCCAUGGUGGUCGGAAGCAACCCAGACAAAGUCAACAAGGUAGUGCUCACGCUGUGCCUCUUCCUCACCCCUGCUGAGAGGAAGUGCUCUCGGUUCUGUAAAGCUGACUCUACUUUCAAGUAUGACACAGGACUGUUUGUACAAGGCCUCCUCAAGGACUCCAUGGGCAGUUUUGUCUUGCCCUUCCGCCAGGUGCUGUACUCACCCUACCCGACCACGCACAUCGACGUGGACAUCAACACGGUGAAGCAGAUGCCACCCUGCCACGAGCACACACACAUUCAGCGGCGCUACAUGCGCUCAGAGCUCAGCGCGCUCUGGAAGGCGGCCAGCGAAGAGGACAUCGCCCCCGACACUGACACCGGCAUCCACACCGAAGAGUCCUUCACCCCCGACCUGUAUGCUCUCUUCUCUCCUGUUCUGUUCUUCCAAUUAGAUUGGAAUUGGCCAUGUUUAUUUUGCUGCAUAACUCAUUGCUUGAUUUAUUUGAAAUGUAUCACAUUUGAAUUAGUCUUGUUUACAUUUACAUUAAUGAAAGAAAUAUGGAUGUUAUUCUGUUUUUUGACCACUAAAAGCUCCUCUUUUCUCAGAAAUGUUUUUCAGGAUGUUAUGCAUAAAGACACCCUGGUAAAGUCAUUUAUAGAUGAGGUGUUCAUGCUGAAGCCAGGUCUCAAUCUGCGAAGUACUUACUUGGCCCAGUUCUUGCUGAUCCUUCACAGGAAGGCGCUCACACUACUCAAAUACAUUGAAGAUGAGACGCAAAAGGGAAAGAAGCCUUUCCGAUCCUUGCGCAGCUUGAAAACCGACCUCGGCCUGAUGGUGGAAGGCGACCUGAAUAUCAUCAUGGCGUUGGCUGAAAAGCAAAAGGCUGGACUGCACUCCUUUGUAUUUGGGAAGCAAUUCUACACCAGUGUACAGGAGCGAGAUGUGCUCAUGAGCUUUUGACUCUUACUCUCAUGACAUGUUUAUCAGCUUUUAAGAAAUGGGAAAGAAAUUGACAUAUGACUUGUCCAAAAGCUGCCUUCACUAGGUUACAUGUUUUGUCCACUAAAGAGGGUUGAAGUGUUAAAAAUAAAUACAGUAUGACAACCAGAAUAUCAGAUGCCCAUUUAAAGUCCAAAAACUUUGUGCUGCUGUCCUUUAUUGCUGAUCUUCAUUGUUUUAUUCAAAGCAUGAGUCUAGUGUCUUCCAUGUCUGUGUUGUACAACAAGCCCUUGAUGGGACUCCACUUUAUUUGUGAAACUUAAUUGUUUGGAUACCAUUUAUAUCAAUAAUAGCACACUGAUUGUACAACAAUUGGUACUUCCUCUAUCUAUGACUGAAUGACCACAACAGCCAUGUCCAGGUUAUGAACCAUGUAUUGCCCUUUUUCAGUAUGCACUGUAUGUCUGAGCAUUCAUGCUGAUUGUUGACUAGAGACAUUUGUUUAAGUUUGACAUGUACAUCAUGAUGUGUAUAGAAUUGAAUUGUCUUGACAUAAUUUUGUCAUAAUUACCGUUUGACAUGAUACUAAAUGUAUCGUAAUGUGUGUAAGGCUUUCAUGUGGCAACUUUGACUCAUCUCACAGUGGCCUUAUUUUACAGUAUUUUCUCACUAGCUUUCAUUUGGUAGAUGUGGUUAAUGGUAUAUACUAGUGAAACCAUAAUGUUAUUAACCCCACUUGCCUUCAUGCUGAUGCAGCGUUAUUCUAACAUUUGUAAAUGCAUCCAUGAUGAUAAAAACAUUUGUCAAUACAAAA